AUGCGCGGCACGACAGUCGGGGGCACGCUGGACGACAACUCGACCAUUUUCGUGCCCGUGAACAACACCGAGUGGAACGACGACAUUGGCGUCUUUGACGCGGCCGGCGGCAUGUUCACGACAACGCACGACCUCCUCGCCUUUGCGCGCGCCAUCCUGCGCCACGGCUUCCUGUCGCCGGGGCAGACGCGCCGCUGGCUCAAGCCGACGUCGUUUACGUCGGGUUGGGGGACGUCGGUCGGCGCGCCGUGGGAGAUCCUGCGCCUCGACAAGCUGUUGCCGUCGGGCCGCAUUGUCGACGCGUACACCAAGGGCGGGGACAUCGCAGACUACGCUUCUGCGCUGGCGCUCGUGCCAGACCUCGGACUGGCUGUCACCAUCAUGACGGCGGGGCCCGAGAUGCUGCCCGCCUCGAUUCUGCUGUCACGGGUUUUCGAAGGGCUGGUGCCGGCGCUCGAGGCGGCGGCGCGGGAUGAGGCAAGGCGGAGGUACGCGGGCAUCUACGAGGACGAGGCGACGGGAUCGCGCAUUGUGCUGUCCGUCGACGAAGAGGGCCAAGGCGAAGGGCUGCUGCUGACCGAAUGGGUGAUGCGCGGGUUCAACGUCCUGGCAAACUUGCACCGGUACAGUGUUCGGGGCAUCAACGACACAGAGACGCCGCCGCGUGAGGGCCAGACUCUGCGGCUGUUCCCCGCGCUUGUCGAAAUGAACGGCGGCACGACAGAGGCCUGGAGGGCAGCCGUGCCGCCCUUUACGGACGACGAGGCCGAAACGCUUGAUGAGGAGCUGGCAUGGCGGGAUGGGACGUGUCUCUCUUGGCUACUGGCGGAUCGAGCGACCUAUAACUACCUCGCCGUUGACCACUUUGACCUCAUCGUCGGAGACGACGGCGGUCGAGAGGCUGUGGCCAUUCGUCCGAGGGCGUUUGCGCUGGAGCUUGCACGGACGAAGACUGGCCCUGCGCAACUUGCAAACGAGGCCAUUGAGACGUUGGAAACGUUGGGGCCGGAGUUGGAGACGGCCCCCGACGAGAGACAAGUCCCCGUCGAGUUAUAG